CGCAUGCGGGAUCCUGCAACUGUCUUUUGCAACUUCUCUAUUACAUACAAAUAUUAUUUUGUUUACGCAUUUUUAAUUUUACUAUUUUUGUUCCGUCUUAGUUUCGUCUUUUUUUCCGUCUUACUCACAAUUGUUUUUCUUUUAGAUUUUAUUGAUAAUAUUCAAGUUAUAAUUGAGAUAAUGGAUGAAGAAUCGGUAAAGCCUAAGCCAUUGUAUACGUCGACACCAUUAAAUAAAAUGGAUAUGAAGAAAAGGCAGCUCGAUAGGUCUGGCACGCCACAAAGUAGUAUUUCUCUUUCGUCUCCGUUACACAAAAACAUGAAGGCUUCGAAAAAGGGGAAAGACAGUUCAGACGUAGACGAUAUUUUUGCGUUAUACAGCGAUAAUGAUGAUACCAAUAAAACUUCUAAUGGAGAUGCGGAAUACAAUCUUUCUAAUAGCAUGCCUGAUGUUGAAGAAAGUGCGAGUAGUAUAAUUGAGAAAAGUACCCAUAGUACUGAUAAAGAUGGUAAUGAAAUCAACGAAGAAGAUAUUGACGAAGAAAUCGAUGAUGGCGUCGACAUUGUUCAGGAUUCUAUUUCUGAGGUAAUUACUGAAGAGAAGAAUGCAAUGACCAAUGCCUUGAAUGACUCACAAGAGCCAGCACAGAUUAACGAAGCAAUUCAAGAAUCUCAAAGCGAAAGUCAGAUUGUGGCUGACAGCUUUGAACCAAGUCCUAUCCAAAAGUCAAAUUCUACUUCUAAUGUUAUGGAUAAUAAUAUUGCUGAAAGUGGGCAAUCGAAGGAUAUUUUAUCUGAAGAAAAAAUAAAUAGUAUUUCGAAUGAUUUGGAAAAGAAUUUUGAUGGGAUCGAAUUAUCGAAUAAUGACAAAUCUAUGAAUAAAGUAGAGAAUGAAGACUGGCAAAAUGAAGAUCCUAAACUUAUUAAUAGUGAAAAAGCUUCUGAAGAAAUUAACGUCGAAAAAGACUCAACUUAUGAACUUUCUAGUAACAGCGAAGCCAUUGAGGAAGACGCCGAGCAAGAUAUUAUUUCAGUUCCUGCUGUUUUAAAGAACAAUGCUCGCGGUCCGCCAGUUAUCACUCCACCACAGCUUAAUCCAGAGAAACCGUUUGUAGCUCAUUUGCCAAUGCAACCUCCCGUCCAACAUGGCCGUUUAUUUGGCGGUGCAAUGACUGAUGAGAGAAUGUUAAAAAUUCAAGGCAUUUCGAAUGAUGUUGUCACCGCUAUGCAUUCUGGAAUUCUUGCUGACGACAUGGGAUUGGGAAAAACUCUUUCUCUGAUUUCUCUCAUACUUCACAAGAAAAAUGCUCGAAAAACUGAUCCGGCAGUUGUUGAACGAGAGAAUCACUUACGACGAAAUUGUGUUUUUGAGAGACAUUUGAUCCCAGCAAAUUCAACUCUUGUAAUUGCACCUGCUUCACUUAUUUACCAAUGGGAGAAGGAAAUUAUGGACAGAGUCCAAGAAGGUCUCUUAAGAGUUUUUAUCUUUCAUGGUCCAAAGAACAAACGCGAAAUAUCUGCUCAUAGACUCUCCAAAUAUGAUAUUGUUAUCACUACUUAUGAACUGUUGGUCUCAGAGUUGAAAUCUAGAACUAAGCUUAUUGGUCAAAGUGAUGAUAGCGACUCGGAUUCUGACAACCCGUCUCGUGGGAGAGGAGGAGUUCGUUCUAAACCUAAAACAAAAAGUCUCAAACCAAAGGCUUCACAUGAUUCUGUUCUUAUGGAUAUUGCUUGGGAAAGAAUUAUUUUGGAUGAGGCACACGAAAUAAGAAAUAAAAAUGCACAAAAGUCUCGUUGUUGUAGUAGACUUGAAGCAGUUCAUCGAUGGUGUUUAACUGGGACGCCAAUUCAUAACAAACUUUGGGAUUUAUAUUCUUUGAUUCGGUUUUAA